UUCUCUUCUUCAUUCACUUUAUCUCCUUCUUCAUUUCAGCGCCAAACAGGACAAACCUUUUUGUCGGACAAUAAAACGAGUCAGAACUUUUCACUUGAACUUUAGAGGCAUUUCUUUUGUUAUUAUUGUAGAAAACAGCCAGUCUCGCUGUGAUUCGGCGGCGAGGGAUUUGACAGCAUUUCGUGUUGAUAACUUAGAUCCAGAAAUGUGUGAAAGUUGAGGAAGAAAGAGGAGGAACAGGAUGAACUGAACAGAGGAAAAGUUGGUUGGGAACGUGGUCAAAAAAUUACGAGUUUAAUGGCAGAUGGGGUGUAAAUUCUUGCCAAAUCCUGGCAGAGACAUCAAGGAGAACAGGCAGGAACCAAAGAAUCACAAAAUCGGGGGAGUAACAGGAGGUGUAUGCUGCCUCUCGCUGUAACGCGCCUGCCACUACCAUGAGCUGGAGCUUCCUGACUCGCCUGCUGGAAGAAAUCCACAACCACUCCACAUUUGUGGGAAAGAUCUGGCUCACCGUCCUCAUUGUAUUCCGCAUAGUCCUGACAGCUGUGGGAGGGGAGUCAAUCUACUAUGAUGAGCAGAGCAAGUUUGUCUGCAACUCUGGCCAGCCAGGCUGUGAGAACGUCUGCUACGAUGCCUUUGCGCCUCUCUCACACGUCCGCUUCUGGGUCUUCCAAAUUAUCCUGGUGGCGACACCUUCCCUUAUGUAUCUGGGCUACGCCGUCAACAAAAUUGCUCGAGCAGAGGAGCAGCCAGAUAGUGGGGGGGGGAGUGGAUUUUCACGAAGAAAAGCCAAGAAGCCCUACCUUGCAGGCAGAAAGCAGCACAGGGGCAUUGAAGAAGCAGAGGAUGACAAUGAAGAAGACCCAAUGAUCUAUGAAGUGGCAGAGGUGGAGAGUGAAGUUGGCGGAGCGGCAAAGGGAGACGGCAGUGAGAGACAAGUAAAAGUCAAGGCUCGCCAUGAUGGGCGUCAGCGUAUCAAACGAGAUGGAUUGAUGCGCAUCUAUGUACUCCAGCUGUUGGCCCGCUCCGUGCUGGAGGUGGCGUUCUUAUGUGGACAGUAUGCGUUGUAUGGAUUUGCUGUACCUGCUAAAUACGUGUGUUCAGAUGUUCCCUGUCCACAUCAAGUGGAUUGCUUUGUCUCACGGCCCACUGAGAAAACGAUCUUCCUCCUCAUCAUGUAUGCUGUCUCAUUGCUUUGUCUGGCACUCAAUAUAUUGGAGAUGCUUCACCUGGGCAUAGGCACCAUCUGUGAAAUCAUCCGUUCCCAUCGGCUCCACCCCCCUGAUGAUGAGCUGUAUGGACUCACGCAGCGAAACAAAGCUCUUGACGAGGCAAAACUGAGUGAUGAGAAUUACAACACCUACCCUUUUACGUGGAAUGCACCGUCGGCCCCACCAGGCUACAACAUUGCCAUCAAGCCUCUCGUCGUGUCGAAAGGAAACCACAACCAGCCUCUACCCAUCACUGAUCUCACAAACGCCAACAUCACGUGUCGGCAGAACCACGUGAACAUUGCCCAAGAGGAGCGUCAGCAGUACACUAAUAAUGAUGAAAACCUGUGCAGAGCUGCGAGGGGUGACGCCCCCACGAGUCCUCAUAAGGACAUUCAUCAGCCUCAGAACAAGCUCAAGGCUGAUAAUCAGACCUACAUUCAGCUGCAGAGCCACACUAAUAACCACAGCAAGCCUAACCGUGAACGUAAACACCGGCAGACCCCCAGACAUGCCUCCAGCAAGGCAGACACAGACAGGGGCAGCAGCAGCAGUAGCAGCAGCAAAUAUGGAGUGAUCAAGGGUUCAGGGUGGAUCUAAAACACAGCAUCCAUUAAAUAAAUGAAGACUGUGUAGACACAGUGUUUUCAUUUGUUUAUGGCAUACAUGAAAACAAUGGUGCAUCUCAUUACAUUAUUUUUUUAUGAUAUCCAAGCCAGUGAGCAAAAAUGUGUUUAGCUGGAACCACUUUACACUUUACAUCAGCACACAGAUAGUUCUGUUCAGUGAUAAACAUUUUCAUAUUUUCACUUACAUUUAUGAAUCUGUAAAUCCCUACAGGUUUAAAAAAAAAAAUGCCGCUACGUUACAGAUAUUAGCUCUAAUACAAAAAAUAACACAAAUAGUAUAUCUUUUUUUUUUGAAAAUAUUUUUCUGUAAGGAAGAUCUGGUUGGAGAGAACCCUUACUGACAUGUAAGCUUCAACUCGCAAAAAACGGUUGAAAAUAAUGCAAGUGGGAUAUAAGUGACGGAACAGUCAGUUAAGUUCAUUCGACGUGUUUUUCAACGAGACUAUGGUAGGUUUCGGGAGAGUUUAAACGACUAUUCCUCAUGUUUUUGUGCCAGUUUCGAUUUCCAUUUUUUGAAGGGUGGGGGGGCUCUAUGCUAUUUUUAAGUGCCUUUCUUGACUAGUGAAAGAGUUGCUUCACUCCGACUCUGAACUACGUUAUUUUCAGAAGCUGAAAGAGCACUUACACCUGAAAAAUAUUGUCAUCACUGUGGACACAAAAAGGACAAGUCCACCUUUCAUAUGUCAAUAGUUUUUUUUUUCAUACUAUCCAUCUUCAAUAAAGUAGUUGUUUCUGAGGACUUAAAAAACAGUCUUUUUUUCCUUUCAUGCAUAAGCAGCUUUAAUGUGGAAUAGUUUUCUAUAGCCAUUGGGAAACAUAUACAGUAUUUCAUUAGUUCUUUUAACAGUGUUCUUGUAAUUUUCUUUUUUUGGAGAAAGAAAACACCUUUAAUGUUUUGACAACAUGUCAACUGUAUCAGUAAGUAUAACUAUAACAAUAUUUGGCAACGUUCAGUGACCUAGCCAAUAUGUUAACAGUGUCUGCUCUUUUUUUAUUUUAUUUUAAUAUAAUUUUGUGAAGUUCAUACUGCACAUGGUUAGUUCAGUGGUAUUUGUAAUAUACAUAACAUACAUACAAAAAAGAAAAUACAUCUGACCUGUAUUUGUUCUGACCUGAUUUAAAGACUUGACUUGAAUUUACGGAUUUUCAAACUUAAAUGUCAUGAUGUAUGGCUGUUUGCACUGUCGGUGUUUCAUUUUGUGACAGAUAUUUUUAUGAGUUAAAAAAUGUGCAUGUUUUGAAUAAAAAGUUUGU